CGUCACCAUCCUCGUCUUUCAAAACAAUUAAAAUGGCGGCGCACGCGAGAUGGGCACUGUACCCAUUGCUACGGACGGCGAGAAAUACCCCUUUUAUUCGGUUUCCAGAAAGGACUAGAAUUCUUUACCACACCCACUUUCGCAGGACAACCCCUUCUGAAAUCACACACGUCCAAAUACGACAGGUUUCCAUCCAGACUCAAGACACCCCAAACCCGAGAAGCAUGAAGUUUCUCCCAGAUAAGCCAGUUUUAGGAAGCGGGACACUGGAUUUUCCCUCUCAGAGCUCAACGCAGUGUUCAUCUUUAGCCAGAGAGCUCUUUGAAAUCGAAGGAGUGAAAAGUGUGUUCUUUGGGCCAGACUUCAUCACCGUCACUAAAGUAGACGAGGACUUGGAGUGGACAGACAUCAAGCGCAAUGCUCUGGAGACCAUGGCCAAAUUCUUUGAGAGUGGCGACCCUAUCACGACGGGAGACGUCCAUCCAGAAAGUAGUGUCUCUGAAGAUGAUGAUGAGGUGGUGUUGAUGAUUAAGGAGCUUCUUGACACCAGAAUCAGACCGACAGUGCAAGAGGACGGCGGUGACGUGAUCUUCAAGGGCUUUGUGGAUGGCAUUGUGCAUCUGAAGCUAGUGGGUUCCUGCACGGGGUGCCCCAGCUCCACAGUGACCCUCAAGAACGGCAUUCAGAACAUGAUGCAGUUCUACAUUCCCGAAGUAAAGGCAGUAGAGCAGGUGGAAGACGAAGUGGACGAAGUCAACGCAAAGGUCUUCUCAGACCUGGAACGCAAAUUACAAGAGUAAACGUAAAGUUAAUUGACAAAUUAAUUGAUGAACUCUGCAUACCAAAAAAAAGUAGGAGAGGAACUAAGGAGCGCUGUUGCUGUGCCUGCUAGUUAAAAUAAUCGUUUUCACCUUCACAGAAAUGUCAAGCUAAAGAAGCUAACGUGCUGUGAAAACACUUUUUUUUUUGCAUAUUGCAACCAUACAAAAUGGUAAAUUUUGUGAACUUGUGUCUGUGACGGCUGCAAAUGUUUGUUUGUAUUUAUUUUCUCUGUUUGAAAUACUGUAUUUUUGAAAGUUUUUUCCCGUUAGUGUAAUUCAGAAGGAAGAUGAUGUGAUUCCUGCUUUAUAAAUGAAACAGAUUAUCUAUUUGGAAAUGAUUAUUAAAGAAGUGGAAGUAGGAGCGUUCAAACUAAAAAAAACACAUUUAACUGUAUUGUAAUAUGUCGUAUCCACUGCAUCACAAUAAAGUUCACAAAUACUGGA